AUGACGCAUGCUCCUGCGACUGCUCCACUCACCUUGCAAUGCAAGGACUGUCAUAUGAAGUUCACUAGAAUGGACAAUUUGCGAAGGCACGAACGAUCGGCUCACGGAGAGCCUAUUCACAAGUGCUCCCAAUGCGAAGAAGCAUUUCAUCAAAAAUCCAAUUUAUUGCGGCAUGUGAGAGUUUCACAUGCUGCGGGUCCAUCAAAACGGAAAUGUGAAAAUGAGGGUCCCACCCCCGCCAAAAAAAGGUUCAGAAAAUCACGAAAAACUGCCCUAGGCGUUUUUGCCUCGGAAUUUUUGAAACCAUCUCAAGAAAAUGCCGAGGAUUUGAAAAUGUGUUUCGAGGAACUACGGCCACAAAUUCGUCAUCUCCUCGUUGAAGAAAUUGCAGAGAAGCGCGCCAUCAAGUGGCGCAUAGUUAUGAAGGCACAGCUCUCGCGCAUUCUUGGAAACGGAGAUAGACAAACCAUCAUCCACUACUUUGGUAGUGUGACCCAGAUUGAAUUGGUGGAUCACACGGUUCCAGAGCAUUUGGAGGAGGUCCUAUCCAAGGUGGAAAAUAGUUUCGAAGAAUUUUUGAAGCUUGGUUCGGGGUGGACCCUCGAUCACAUUAUUCACGUCGAGGUACAAUGUGCGAAAUACACACCACUGGCAGGACGCAGUUAUAUUCCGCUCACUAAAAAGAUGCAGGCGAAAAAAGCGGUUCUCAACAUUCAGAAUGAAGAUGAUAAGUGUUUGGUGUGGUGCCUGAUAGCCCACAAGAUGAACACUUCACGAAAAGAUCAUGCAGAACGAGUUUCCAACUAUACGCCACACGAAAGCACCAUCAAGAUGGAUGGAGUGGAAUUUCCCGUCCCCCUCACCAAAAUUCCAUCCAUCGAGAAGAUGAAUGAUCUGCGAAUUAAUGUCUUCGGAUGCGAAGAAGCAGAAAUAUUCCCAUUAUACAUCUCCAAACGGGAAGAUGAAGAUGUAGUCAACCUGCUACUCAUCGCCAAUGAGGAGACGCAGCACUACUGCCUCAUCCGAGACAUGUCACGUCUUAUAUCCAGCUUCUCCAAACAUAAUGGAAAAUGUCAUAUUUGUUGCCGCUGCCUGCAUCGUUUCUCCAGUGAACGUCUGUUAAAAGAACAUCACGAGUUCUGCAAAGACUUGAGUCCGCAGAGGGUAAACUUACCCAAGGAGGGGGAGAAUAUUUUGAAGUUUGAAAAUAUUCAUUAUCAGCACCCCCUCCCCUAUGCCAUCUACGCGGACUUUGAGUCGAUCAUCGUCCCGCUGCAUUCGGCAACACCUGAAGAUUCAACAUCCUACAUGGAGAAUGUAGCUCGCCAUGAAGCGUGUGGAUACGCAUAUGUGGUUGUCGGCCCCGACGGGAAAGCCAUCAAGCCUGUCACAGUUUACCGGGGUCCCGACGCUGCGGUUCAUUUCGUGGAAAAUUUGUUGGAUGAGCGGGCCGAAAUUGCAGAGCAGAUGAUGGACGUGAAGCCGAUGUCCCUUUCCCCUCAGGAAGAGCAAGAUUUUAAAGCAGCAUCACAAUGCCAUAUUUGUCGUGGAAAACUUGGAGCCGACAGAGUGAGAGACCACGAUCACCUCUCUGGAAGAUAUCGUGGUGCUGCGCACAAUCAGUGCAAUUUGAAGUUCCGUUUGAGGAAAAUGAUCCCCGUAUUGUUUCAUAACCUUAAAAAUUAUGAUGCUCAUCAUAUUGUGAAAACCUUAGGCGCAUUUAAGGAUUAUGAAUACGAGGUGAUUCCGACAAACAUGGAAAAAUACAUCUCCUUCUCGAUUGCGCCUAGAGGGGAGAAACGAGGGGAAAAGGUAAAGCUCGUCUUUCUUGACAGCUAUCAGUUUCUACCGACGUCGCUGGAGAAAUUAGUGAGCAAUAUGCCGCCUGCCGAUUUCAAGCUCUUACAGAAUAGUAUACCGCACGAUAAGAUCCACCUCCUACUUAGAAAAGGGGUCUACCCCUAUGAAUAUAUGGAUUCUUUCCUGAAGUUUGAAGAAACAUCACUUCCUCCGAUAACGGCAUUUUUCAGCACGCUGUCUAAUUGUGGUAUUUCUUCCGAGGACUAUCAACAUGCUCAAACAGUUUGGAAGGAAUUUCAACUGAAGUCGCUCGGAGAGUAUCACGAUUUAUACGUGAAAAGUGACGUCCUCCAACUCGGAGAUAUAUUCCAAAACUUCAGGGAAUUAUGCCAAAGAUAUUAUUCAAUCGACUGCCUGAACCUGUUCACUGUCCCGGCCUUGUCAUGGCAAGCCUGCCUGAAAAUGACCCAACAGCCGUUGGAAUUAUUUACAGACAUCGAUAUGCAUCUUUUCAUCGAACGUGGGAUUCGCGGAGGGAUAUCCAUUAUCACCAAAAGACAUGCCUCCGCGAAUAAUAAAUAUAUGGAAAAUUUCGACCCCACGAAGCCGUCCAGCUAUAUAGUUUACUUGGAUGCAAACAACUUGUAUGGCUGGGCGAUGAGCCAAUCGCUGCCCUAUGGCGAUUUUCGAUGGGAAGAUGUGAGUCAUGUGAGCGAAGAAUGGCUGGCAACAAUCAGCAGUGACAGUGACAGGGGCUAUAUUCUGGAGGUGGAUUUGAUUUAUGAUGAAAGUCUACACGAUAUGCACAAUUUUUACCCUCUCGCAGCGGAGAAACUACAAAUCCAGGAAGAUAUGCUGUCCCCCGCUGCCCAAGAAAUUCUCAACCGACUCCAUGGCGAUCGAAAAUUUAAAGGAUGUGAAAAACUAGUUCCCAACCUCAAGGACAAGAAAAAUUAUAUAGUGCACUACAGAAACCUGCAAUUGUACAUUUCCCUAGGACUGAAGUUGGGAAAAGUGCACAAAGUCCUAAGUUUUCGUCAGAAAGCUUGGUUAAAGCCAUACAUUGAGUUUAAUACAGAGAAAAGGAAAAAUGCAAAGAAUUCAUUCGAGAAAGAUUUUUUCAAAUUAUUAAAUAACUCAGUGUAUGGUAAAACCAUGGAAAAUAUGAGGAAUCGUGCUGACGUACAACUGGUGCAUGAAGAUCGUUGGGCCAAGAAACUUGUUGCGGCACCCAGCUUCAAGUCAUUUAAAAUUUUCACAGAAGAGUUGGUUGGAGUUGAGAGGGUAAAAACAUCAAUUCUUCUGAACCGCCCUCUGUACGUGGGCUAUACAAUCCUGGAGCUGAGCAAGGUUUUGAUGACAGACUUUCAUUAUAAUCAUAUCGUGCAGGUAUACGGGGAGAAGGCUGAGCUAUUAUUCAGUGAUACAGAUUCCCUUAUGUAUAAUAUUUAUACAGAAGAUUUUUAUCAAGAUAUGAAGAUGAACCAACACCUAUACGACACCUCGGAUUAUCCUCCCACACAUCCCCUCUAUUCGACGAAAAAUAAGAAGAAGAUCGGGUGCUUCAAGGAUGAGAUGAAUGGUUGUAUCAUUGAAGAGUUCGUCGGCUUGCGUGCAAAAAUGUACUCCAUAAAAUCUGAAGGAGGAAAUGAGAAGAAAACAGCUAAAGGAGUUGCACGUCAAGUCGUCGCACAGAAAAUGAAGCACGCCGACUAUCUGAGGUGUCUGAAGGAAGGACGUUUGACUAGGGAAAAAAUGAUGAAAAUUGGAAGCGAUUGCCAUCAGCUGUAUACGCAGAAACUUAGCAAAAUUGCUCUCUCCCCAUUCGACGACAAGAGAUACCUUUUGGAAGAUGGCAUCCAUUCAUAUGCCUAUGGACACUAUCGAAUCCCAAACACCUGA